AAUAUGGGGAAAAGGAAGCAUGUGUCCAACUGGAAAGCCCGUCAACAUACCAAAACACUUCUGGACAAGUCAGAUGAAAAGAAAAUUAAAUUGCACCUUGAUGCUCAAGAGAGUCCUGGUAAUGAUGACACCAAUGUUCUUGUGUUGCCAUCAAAGAAAAGAAAUGUAAAGACUAAACAGGAAACUACUGCACAUCCUGUCAAACAACUCAGCAAAAAAGAAAGGAAGGAAUUGGAGAAAGUUAUUGAACAGAAAGAAAAGAAAUCCAAGAGGGCUGAUCUUCUAGAAUCAUUAUCAGCAGUCCAAGCUACUCCAGAAGAAUUGAAGCAGCUGUCAAGUAUAGCAGAUGUCCAGACAGGAAAUUUUCAAAGAAAAUUGACUCCUAAGACUGAUGAAAGAGGAAGACGAAGAAACACUGUAGUAGGAAUUUUCAGAAAGAAAACUGGAGUGGACAGUGAUGAAGACAGGAGUGAUGACUUAGAAAGUUCAGUUCAUACAUCUGACAUCUCAUCUGAGGAGGAGGAAGAACAGGAGGAGGAGGAAAAAGAAGACAAACAAUUCAGUGAAGAAGACAUUGAAGAGAGCAAAGAUAAAAACAUCAUAAAGCACAGUGUUGAAAAUGGAUAUGAUUUGAAAAUGUCAGAGGAAAUGAAGAUGACAAAUGUUGAUUUUUCCAUUACAAAGACCAACAAAAAAUUAACAGAACACAAGCCCGUUGUAAACGUUCAUGUCAACAGGAAACCAGAAAUACAGAAAGCAAGAUUUAAGCUACCAAUUUUAGCAGAGGAACAGAUGAUUAUGGAAACCAUUAAUGAGAACAAUGUGGUAAUAAUUUGUGGUGAAACUGGAUCAGGGAAAACAACUCAAGUACCCCAGUUUCUUUAUGAAGCUGGUUAUGCCCAUGCUGGGGGUAUCAUAGCUGUCACUGAACCUAGAAGAGUGGCUGCAAUCAGUAUGUCUGAGAGGGUGGCAGCAGAGAUGAACCUCACCAGUAGAGAAGUGUCGUAUCAGAUCAGAUAUGAAGGAAAUGUGACAGAGAGUACAAAGAUCAAAUUCAUGACUGAUGGAGUCUUGUUGAAGGAAGUUCAGAAGGAUUUCUUACUGACAAUGUACAGUGUUGUGAUUAUUGAUGAGGCCCAUGAAAGAAGUGUAUAUACUGACAUACUGAUAGGUCUCCUGUCUAGAAUUACUCCCCUGAGACACAAGAGAGGAAUUCCUCUGAAGCUGAUUAUCAUGUCAGCCACACUGAAAGUAGAGGAUUUUACAGAAAACUGUAGAUUAUUUAAAACAGUUCCUCCUAUUGUCAAAGUGAAUUCUCGUCAAUUUCCAGUCACUGUUCAUUUCAACAAAAGGACCCCUGUGGAGGGAUAUCUUUAUGAAGCAUACAGAAAGAUUUGCAAAAUUCACAGAAUGCUUCCUAGUGGAGGAAUACUGGUCUUUGUAACAGGACAACAAGAAGUAUAUACACUUUGUAAAAAACUGAAGAACACUUUUCCUGUCAAUUGCAGACAAAAAGAUGCUAAUAUUAAGAAGAGUAAGAAACAGAACUGGAAAAAAGCUGACAAGAAGAAAGAGGACAUAAUUCCAGCAAUAAAUCUAGACAGUUACUCUGUACAUCCAGUAGCUAUGGAAGAAAAACAAGAAUUGGCAAGUGAUUCUGAUCUGGAAUUAUUAGAUGACAUGGAACCAGAUGAGAGUGUACAUAUCGAUUCUGAAGAGGAGGGUCAGUCCCAAGAAGUCUGUACAGAACCACUAUAUGUCCUCCCAUUGUUUUCAUUGUUGUCCACUGAAAAACAGGCAAAGGUAUUUGAACCACCACCAGAAGGCUGUAGACUGUGUGUUGUAGCCACUAAUGUGGCAGAGACAUCACUGACUAUUCCCAACAUCAAAUAUGUUGUUGACACAGGCAAGGUGAAAACAAAGUUUUAUGAUAAAGUGACAGGAGUUUCAACAUUUAGGAUUGGUUGGACGUCAAAAGCUGCUGCCAAUCAAAGAGCAGGAAGAGCCGGGCGUAUUGCACCAGGUCACUGUUACAGAUUGUAUUCUUCAGCUGUGUUUAAUGAAGACUUUGUGAUGUUUUCCCCUGCUGAAAUAACAAGGAGACCAGUGGAUGAUUUAAUUUUGCAGAUGAAGGAUAUGAACAUUGAUAAAGUUGUCAAUUUUCCAUAUCCCACUCCUCCUGAUGCAGAACAGAUCAAGGCUGCUGAGAAUUUGCUGAUAUCAUUAGGGGCUCUGAUUGUUGAACAUUCACAGAAACCUUUGGUCCAUAAGAGAAGGAAGAGCCCAGCAGAGCCAGUUAGCCAGAUAACUCCCCUGGGGAGAGCCAUGGCCUGCUUCCCUGUGUCUCCCCGCUAUGCAAAGAUGAUGUUAUUAGGACAUCAGCAGGAUCUUCUGCCUUAUGUCAUUGCCAUAGUUGCAGCUCUUUCUGUUGAUGAAGUGUUUGUGGAAUUUCAUAAGGCAGCAACUGAUGAUAAUUUUGAGUUUCAAGAGAAACUGAAGUAUAUGACACAAAUCAAAAGGAUAUGGGCUGGUUCAGAUCACUCUUUCCUACUUGGAGAUCUGAUGGUAUUGCUAAAGGCUGUGGGAGCAUGUGAAUACCAAGGAGCCACUCUGGAGUUUUGUGAAAAACAAGGUAUCAGAUACAAGGCCAUGAAAGAAAUCAGAAAACUACGAGCUCAACUGACUAAUUCUGUAAAUGCAAUUAUUUCUGAUGCCAACUUGUGCGUAGACCCCAAACUGGAUCCCCCAAAUGAUUUACAGGCCAAACUUCUCAGACAGAUUGUUCUUGCUGGUCUGGUCGAUCAUGUAGCAAGGAAAUGUCCAGACCCACCUCCAGAUGCAGAUGAAGAUGCCAAAAAAUUGAAGCAUGCAUACUAUUGCACAGAACUUGAGGAACCUGUGUUUAUUCAUCCCCUCUCUGUAUUACACAAACAGAGCCCAGAGUACAUAGUGUAUCAACACAUACAAGAAAGUUCAAAAGUCUAUAUGAAAGGAAUUACUGCAAUAGAGCCUGAAUGGUUGCCAGUUUUUGCUUCAUACCACUGUGCAUUAUCCAAACCUCUAGAGGAUCCCAAACCUUCUUAUAGUUGUAGCAAGGGUCAGGUGAUGUGUCACAUGACAAGUACAUUUGGCAGAUGUUCAUGGGCAAUACCACCAGUUGAAUUAGAGUAUCCCAAAGGAUUAUAUAGGUUCAAGUGGUUUGCUCGAUUUCUGUUGGAGGGAAAAGUGCUGCCUAAACUGAAAAAGUAUUCAUAUUUUCUAUCUCCGCCAUCUACUAUGACAAAGUCUUGGGCAAAGUUACAGCCUAGAACUGAGGUUUUGUUGAAGGCCUUGAUCUCCAAGGAUGUAGACAAUAAGGACUCUUUGUUAAAAGCAUGGAAGAGUGAUACUGCUUAUCUGCUCUCUGAGUAUUUACAGUGGCUACCUCAAUCAAAACAUGCAGAGUUAAGGGACUCCUGGCCACCCAUUACGUGACAUUCACUGUAUUUUUGUCACUUCCUUGUGUGAUGUCACACUUUGUAGAGAACAUGAACUGGUAUUAAAAAAUGUGGGUUAAUUCUUAAGAACAUUGUUACCAAAUAAAUCUAUCAAUUAUGGGACUUUUUGUUUAGAUCCAUAUUUCCAUGGACAGGAGUGCAACAUUUUUUUUAAGAUCCAAGUUCUAUGACAAAAUGACACAUUCAUAUAAAUAAGUUUCCUUUGGUCAACAAGCAUCCAUUCGAAUACUUAAGUACUAAAUUAUUUACAAUUUAAUUAUUAUUAAAAUCUUUUUAAAUUUUAUCAAUCCAGGCAUCU